AUGCCUACAACUGCAGUCGGAUUAGCAGUGCCAACAGUCUUGGACAACACCGAAGCCUCUCUGUUAAAUCGAUUUCCAGGUGAAUUACCCUAUUAUCUUGGACGCAUGAAUCAUGUUUGCAUGCAUUGCAAAGCACUCCGGUGGGGACAAGAGAGAACUAAAGAGAAUGUCAGGAAUCGGGAAGAAAAGUACAUGAAUUGUUGUCAGUAUGGCGAUUUGAAGUUGCCCAUGGCAGAUUUCGACGGUCCACCUCUCCCAGACGAUCUCUUUGAGCUUUUCACUUCAUCAUCAAAAGAUGCCAAGGAAUUUCAACAAAACAUUACCUCGUACAACAACGCCAUGUCAUUUUCAUCGUUAGGUGCAAAACAAGAUCACAGCGUGAUGGGUCAAAAAGGAGUGGGUACUUUCAAGAUAUCGGGACAACUCUCGCACAAGAUUCCAGCUUUAUUUCCCACAGGGGAUCAACCUGCCUGCUAUGGCCAAAUAUUUAUGUUAGGUGAUGGUGGUGAAAAGGAAGUUGAAAAUCGAUUAGCGCACUUCGCGGAAGGAAAAAUUAAAAAGAGAAUCACAAGAAAGCUACAAGAUAUCAUGCAUCGCGUCAAUCCUUAUGCGGAAGUCUUCAGAAACGCAAACGAAAUAUUGGCGUCGGAGGAUAGCAUGACAAUUGUACUCAAGUCACUUGCCCCGGGUAACAGAGAUGCCAAAACUUAUAAUAAACCAAGGCCAGGUGAUAUAGCGGCUUUGGUGGAAGAAGGGAGCUUCAUAGAUGCCAAGCCUCGACAUAUCAAAGUCAGUCGUAAGGACGGAAAGAUAAUAUACAUGACUGAUCUGCACACUCCUUAUCUAUCAUUGCGAUACCCAUUGUUGCUACCUUACGGAUCACAACAAUGGGAUGACAAUUACCAGUCACCGACCAUGGGCACAAAUCCAGGACGUAAGUAG